AAAUUUAGAAUUAUCUGUCAUGUGAUACAAUUACAAAUGUACCUGUCAUACCUGUGCUAUUGAUCGAAUUCAAAAUGGCUCAAGCUGCGUCUAAAACAUGCGAAGUUUGUGUGAGUGCUCCUUGGUCACACUAUUGCAUAGACUGCGAAGAAUAUUAUUGUGAAAAUUGUAAAUUGCUACAUAAUAGGCAAAAAUUAUCGAGAAACCACCAGUUUCAAAAAGCUUCCGACCUAAUCCCGGAAGGUAAAUCUAAAUGUAUUGAACACGAAGAGGAAUUAACGUUAUUGUGUAAUACAUGCAAUGUACUGGCAUGUACCAAUUGUGUAACAGGAAAUCACUAUGGACAUAAAUUUUCGAAAUUUGUCGAUGCAGUCGCUAAAUUACAAGGGGAUAAUGAAACCAAAAUCCGUGCCAAGACAAAUGAGACAAAUCGAAAUAUAAAGAAGAUUGAGGAUAGCUUGAGAUCGUUCAAUAAUGCCGUUGAUUCUGUUAUAAAAGCCAUUACCGAUGAAAGCAACAUGAUUAAAAGCUUGGUUGAUAAAUUCGUAGCUCAGAUGAUUGCCUUAGUGAAAAAACAAUCCAAGAAUGAGAGAGACAAGCUGAUGAAUAUGUUGUCUGAUGCUAAAUCUGUACUUGCUGCUGGACAUACAUUAGACAGAAGGAGACAGGAACUAGAUAAGACCCGACAAGACGGGAGUUUGGUACAAGAGAUUGAUAAUUUGAAAGAAGAGAUCAACAAACUACACAUAAGCUCUCUUCCCGAGUUUCCCAAUAUAUCCUUCAAACACAAAUCUGUAAACGAAGAGGACAUAACGCAACUUAUAGGUACCUAUACUAUCAGUAAGGGUUCAUCAAAAGAAGAAAAUCAGAAGCAAGAACAUGGAUACUUAUACAUGUAUAGAUGUUGUAAGUGUGGGUUUGAGAAAAUAAAACCUUUAUCAGCAACAUACAGUAAAACCUACAUGAAGUGCGAUAUUUGCAAUGGACGCAUGAUGAAGAGGUUUAAGCGAGUCAAGGAAAAUCUGUCUCCAAAAUAUAAUCAAGAUGUUUCCAAUGCUGUUUUGAAAUAGUGUAGUAACUGAUGAGGAACGUAUGAUUCUAAUGACAACAAACUUAUCUUUCAGUAAAUGUAACUUUUUAUUGUAUGUUGAAUAUAAUAAUUGUUUUUC